AUUCUAUAAUUCGAUGAGCCUGAUUGGUCAAAAGGACUGUGACAUCAAACACAAUAGUAUUUGCUGGAUUUUGAUUGGUCGAAAAAGCAGUGACAUCACCCAUUCACAUGUUGUGUUUGUUGUUGUUUGUUUUGCAGAAGAAGACCGAUAAGAACCUUCAGACGGAGGUCAGGUGUCUCGAGCUGGUCUGUGAGAUUUGCAAACUCAAGUACACUCUUCCUAGUGAAAAGGCUGGACUUAAUAUCGAGAAUUCAUGCAAGGGAGAUCAGUGUAGGAGAGACAAAAUCAUGACCAACAGUGCUUAUGGCUUCACCAGUAAUAACAAGGUGAGAGAUCAUAAUCUUGAAGCUCAGAACCCCUUGGUUCUGGGUACUGUUCUCUAUAAAUUUUGUUGCACAAAGAUGAUUCCACAAGUGCUCAGCCUACAAUGAGUCAAUUGGUGGGUAUAACAUGUACUUUGGCGUGCAUGUGGCACAAAUCUGGGCAAUACUUAAUUGAGUGGCAACUCACUUGGGUGUGUAGUGUGUAGG